UUAGUUUGGCAAUACUGUACUAAUAAAGAUUUAACGAUCAUCGUUGAUCAGUUGCUCGCCACCAUCGGCGCCGUUUCCCCGUCUUCUUCGCCACCACCAGCGCCGGCCUCGCUCGCCGGAUUUUGCACAUCGCCGUAGAACGCAGCCUUGGCAGACUUCACUGAGUCACCGUCGCUGUGCCUGUGUCGAGGGCGAUCUCUCGCAGAUUACAGAGAUUUUGCAUCCUAAUAAUCCAUUAUCCUCUUGGACUUGGUCACAUUGGUUACAGAGAUUUUACCUUCUUAUCUCAAACCCUUGUUCUCUCACUCAGAGCAUUCCUACUCAAUCAGCUUAGCUCAAUAUGACCUCUCCAGAGACACUUGCAUUCAUGGAACUUGCAGUACACCAGGCAAAGUUAGCUAUGGAUGCCCUUGAAGUGCCUGUUGGCUGUGUAAUUGCUGAGGAUGGGAAGGUUAUAGCCUCAGGCAGGAAUCGAACUACUGAGACACGAAAUGCUACCAGGCAUGCAGAAAUGGAAGCUAUAGAUGUGCUUCUAGAGCAGUGGCAGAAAAAUGGACUUUCAAGGUCUGAAGUUGCUGAAAAGUUCUCAAAGUGCAGUCUUUAUGUUACCUGUGAACCAUGCAUAAUGUGCGCAUCUGCUUUAUCAAUUUUAGGUAUAAAGGAAGUAUUUUAUGGCUGUUCAAAUGAUAAAUUUGGAGGUUGUGGAUCAAUACUAUCGUUGCAUUUAAGUAACAAUAGGUCACUCAAUAAUGAAGUUCCAUCUGGAAGGGGUUUCAAAUGUGUUGGAGGUAUAAUGGCAUCAGAAGCUGUUCAUCUCCUGCGAACAUUCUAUGAGCAAGGAAAUCCCAAUGCUCCAAAGCCCCAUCGACCUCUAGCACGUCAGGCAUGAAGUUGAACAUGUAUAUUUCUAGGUUGAGCAUUAACUUAGCUCUCACUUCGAGGCAAAAAGUGAAGGAACUCUUGUUAUUGAGACAAAUGUGUAUUCAUAUUAACUCGAGUAGUAUCCAAGCACAUACUAAUUUUGUGGUUUUAUGUUGAUUUUUGGUUGUCUUGUGUUUAGUGACAGUUGCUAAUGUGUGGGAAGAAGCUCAUACUCUGUUGGAAAAUCAACUUUUGUAUGAUUAGAAUGUGUUUAAGAAGUUGAAUCAAAUGUAUUAGUUGAAUAUUGUAUUAACAAUUCAAAUUAAUUGCCCAAAGGAAUUGAAGCGUUUCAAUUUAGAAAUAUUUGGUGAA